AUGGAGGUUCUGACCAAGACGAUAUUGUUAUAUUUAUGGAUGCAUGACACUACUUUAUCCGAGGUGAUUGAUGUCACUAAUCAUGUAUCUGGAAAUUGCAUAGGAAAUAGUGAAAAUAAUAUUGAUAACAUAAUUUGGUUCACGGAAAAUGAGCAAAUGGAAUUGAACGCUAAGAAAUGCAAUGAAAUGGUAGUAGAUUUUAGAAAGAAUAAGACUGUAAUCCCUCCUGUCUGCAUUGGGCAACAACCUAUGUCUAGAGUGAAAACGUACAAGUUAUUGGGACUCUGGAUAGAUGAUGAUCUAAAUUGGGAAUCUAAUACAGAGUAG